AUGUCCUAUAUUGAAAGUGGUAAAAAAGAAGGCGCUAAACUAUGCACUGGUGGUCAACGUCAUGGUUCCAGUGGUUAUUUCAUUCGUCCUACAGUAUUUGCUGAUGUUCAAGAUAAUAUGCGUAUUGCUCGUGAAGAGAUAUUUGGACCAGUAAUGCAAAUUAUGAAAUUCCGUACAUUGGAUGAAUUAUUUAGACGAGCUAAUCAAUCACAUUAUGGUCUUGCUGCUGGUAUAUGUACUUCAGAUCUUGAUAGAGCUAUGCAUGUUAUGCAAGGUUUACGAGCUGGUACAGUCUG